AUGGCUCCCUCAACGUUCAAGUCUGAUGAGAGCCCAUGGUCUCGACAGUCUCCGUCUAAUGUUGGCAGUGACGACGAGAAGACCCUUUCCCGGGACCAUGUCCGCGUUGAGGCCCACGAUGAGUUGCAGUUGGCUCCCUACGGGCUCGAAAGGAGAAGCGAUGGUCUGUUGUACUUUGUCACCGGUGCUACUACCCACCCCAGGAAUUGGUCGACAGCCCGAAAGGCUUUCGAUACGGCCGUCAUAAUAGCUUUGGAAUUUUACACGACUGUUAUCAGCACAACCGGUGCGUCUGUGGCCGACACGGCUGGUCCCGAGCUCGGCCUCGACAGGGUUCACUCACUCAUUGCAUUCACUUUCAUGUACCAACUCGGCCAAGCCAUAGGCGGCUGUCUCAUCCCCCCUUUCUCUGAAGUCUUCGGCCGUCGUUGGCCAUACUUUGUUUCCUGCGCCCUGUUCUCCAUAUUCAGCGUCGUCAUCCCCUUGGCAGGAGUGCCGGGGAUAUUCAUCGGACGCUUCGUAACGGGCCUCGCCUCUGCAGUGCCCUCGGUCGUCAUCGCCGGCAGCAUCGAGGAUAUCUUCAAUGCCGAGCGACGGGUCUGGAUCGUGCUGGGCUGGAACGUCGGCACUACGGUGGGCCUGUGCAUGGGCCCCAUAUACGCUGCAUACAUCACCGCUGCCGUGGCGUGGCGAUGGGUAUUCUACAGCUCCGGAAUCGUCACGGGGCUGUUGUUGGUCGCGCUGCUGUUCGUCAGGGAGAGCCGGCCGAGCAUGCUGCUCCGCCGGCAGAUCGACAAGCUGCGCAGGGAGACCAGCAUCACCGACCUGGGGUGGCAUAACCCAGACUCGUCGCCCGACCUGCGGUCGCUGGUGGACAUCGUGGUCGUCAGGCCAGUCACCCUGCUUGUCACCGAACCCCUGGUGAUCAUGAUCGCCACCAUCUCUGCUGUCUCAUGGGGCAUCAUCUACCUCUUCACCGAGGCGCUGACCGCGAUAUACACCUCCCUGGGCUUCACGCGCACCCAGGCCUCCCUGCCGUUCCUGGCCAUCGCCUUGGGCACGAUGCUCACCUUCGUCCCGAGACUGUGGGACAUGAAGGCCGUGAAGGCGAGGCAGGCCAAGAACGAACCCAUCCAGCCGCUUCGCCCUCGCGGCGCCGGCCCUGGCCGUCGGCCUGGCGGCGUUCGCCUGGACGGUCCCGCCCGCGGUCCACGCGCACUGGCUGGCGCCGACGGCGCCGCUCGUCGCCGUCGGCUUCGCGGUCAACGAGCUCGCGUACGUGCUGAGCGGCUACCUGUCGGACUCGUACCUGCUGUACAGCGCCUCGGCCUUCUCGGGCCUGGCCUUUGUCCGCGCCGUCGUCAGCGGGCUGAUGCCCCUCGUCGCGCACGCCAUGUACGCGGCGCUCGGGGCGAACCUGGCCGGGACGGCGCUGGCGAGCGUCGCGGUGGUCUUCUGCGCGGUGCCCUGGGUCUUCUUCCGGUACAGCAGGGUGCUGCGCGAGCGGAGCCCCUUUGCCAGGCUCAGCCUCGAGGUGCAUCGCCAGACCAACGUUGA